UCAAUUUUUGCUCAAAUGUCAUUUAAUUGUUCUUAUUUUCUCAAGCUAAUCUAAGUGUAAAAAAGUGUGUAAGCCAUGGAUGAUAUGGAAUUAGAUUUAUCAAUUUGUGCGCAAAAUCACGUGAUCCAUGAACGCGAAUUGAUCUCCAUCAAUGACGAAAUCUGGGGUUGGGGCGUCGAAAGCACCCUCAAUUACAAUUUCAGUCCGAAUCGCGCCGAAAAACUUCAAAUAAUUGAAGGUCUUAUCGCCGGAAUCGAGGACGAGGAUUUUGAUAAUAAUGAAACAAGCGAUGCGAGUAGUGAAAAAAUUAAGAGCGAUUCAGGAAUCGCCUCGAUGGACACUUUGAACUGGGAAGCCCCGAAAAUCGAGACCGGAUUGACGUAUUUCGUCCCCAACAAACGCGGGAAGUGGAGGAAAGCUAAACUUGUGGAAAUCAAAAACACGCAAUUGGAUUUGGUUGAUUUGCAAACACAGGAACGCAUCGUGAGCGAUUUCCUGUCGUUAGCCCACGCCGAGCCCGUCCUUCGCUUAGUGCCGGUUGGUAGUCGUGUCGUGGCGCAUCAUUGCCGCAUCCCGACGACCGGCGAAGUUAAACGAAGAGGACGACUGAAUUACCAACUGGGUGUAGUGGCAGAACUACCAACGAAAUUCAAUCGGGAGAGGUAUUUGGUGUUUUUUGAUAACGGUUCGUGGAAUUACGUCAAGCCGGAGUUGGUACGUCCCGGGUAUUACGUCAGUGACAGAAUCUGGGAAGUGGUGCCAAUACAAAACCGCAAAAUGGUCCAAGAAUUUUUGAACAGGGUUUCCGAAAUGAUAAUCGAUUGGAAGGUUGGGGACCACAUUUGGGUAAAAAAAAAUUGUGAAGAAGUUUCAUGUUUCAGAGUAUACAGAGUGUUCAGUGCUAGCCGUCGACGCGAAUUUGUUACUGCUUUGGUUCCAAUCGGAAGGUAAAAGUGAUUGGUUGUAUAAGGGGUCCCCCCAAAUUUUAGUAAAACGUUAAUCAAGUCUUAAUUAUAUUUGUAAAUAUGUAAAUAAAUUAGUACAUGGCAAGAAGACAUUCAGAAAUGACUGUCAUGUAUUUCUCCCAAAGUGUC